AUGAAGAACAAAAAUGGAAAACCAAUAUCUUACCCAGAUAAAAGUUCAAGGACAGUCCCUAUGGCAAUAAUGUUUGUUGUGCUAUGUGGGUUUUCUUUCUAUCUUGGCGGAAUAUUUUGUUCUGAAAAGGACAGAUAUGUAGCCAAGGACAUUACCAAAGCAGUUGAAACUGCCAAGCAAACGGCUGCAGGCCCACUACAAAUCAAGGCUGUAACCUUUCCCGAAUGCGGCAUAGAUUAUCAGGACUACACGCCUUGCACGGAUCCAAGGAGGUGGAAGAAGUACAGUCUUCAUAGGCUUACUUUUAUGGAGCGGCAUUGCCCUCCGGUGUUCGAAAAGAAGGAAUGCUUAGUUCCCCCUCCUGAUGGCUAUAAGUUGCCGAUCAGAUGGCCUAAGAGCAGAGAUGAAUGUUGGUACAGAAAUGUUCCAUAUGAUUGGAUUAACAAGCAAAAAUCGAACCAACAUUGGCUGAGGAAAGAAGGGGAGAAGUUCCUCUUCCCAGGCGGCGGCACAAUGUUUCCUAAUGGUGUCAGUGAAUAUGUUGAUUCGAUGCAAGCUCUGAUACCAGGCAUGAAGGAUGGGACUAUCCGCACUGCCAUUGAUACUGGAUGUGGGGUUGCAAGCUGGGGAGGUGAUUUACUAGACCGUGGGAUUCUUACAAUCUCUCUUGCACCUAGGGAUAAUCAUGAAGCUCAAGUUCAAUUUGCUCUGGAACGCGGAAUUCCAGCAAUUCUGGGCAUCAUCUCAACCCAGCGACUUCCUUUCCCCUCAAACUCUUUUGACAUGGCACAUUGCUCAAGGUGCCUAAUUCCAUGGACCGAAUAUGGUGCAAUUUACCUUCUAGAGAUACAACGUAUACUCAGGCCUGGGGGUUUCUGGGCACUCUCUGGCCCACCAGUGAACUACGAAAACCGCUGGAGGGGAUGGAACACAACUAUUGAAGAACAAAGAUCAGAUUAUGAAAAGUUGCAAGCAUUGCUAACUUCAAUGUGUUUCAAAUUAUACAACAAGAAGGACGACCUAGCUGUUUGGCAGAAACUAUCCGACAACAGCUGCUAUAAAAAGCUUGAUACUCCAGACAUUUACCCUGCGAAGUGUGAUGAUGGUACCGAACCAGAUGCCGCUUGGUACAGUCCCCUUAGGCCUUGUGUUGUUGUUCCAAACCCGAAAUAUAGAAAAGUAGCAUUAAAAUCCAUCCCUAAAUGGCCACAAAGAUUGCAUUCUUCUUCCGAGCGUGUGUCUGAUGUUCGUGGUGGCAGUGAUGGUGCUUUUAAGCAUGACAAUAGCAAAUGGAAGACACGGGUGAAGCAUUACAAGAAGUUGGUACCCGCAAUUGGUACUGAUAAGAUAAGAAACGUGAUGGACAUGAACACUGUGUAUGGAGGUUUUGCAGCCUCUAUGAUUGAUUAUCCUCUGUGGGUCAUGAAUGUGGUUUCUUCGUAUGCUGCAAAUACACUUGCUGUGGUGUAUGACAGGGGCCUUAUAGGAACCUACCACGACUGGUGUGAAGCUUUCUCAACAUAUCCUCGAACUUAUGAUCUGCUUCAUGUCGAUGGUCUCUUCACAGCUGAAAGUCAUAGGUGUGAAAUGAAGCAUGUUCUACUCGAGAUGGAUCGGAUCCUCCGGCCAAAUGGAUAUGCAAUCAUUCGUGAAUCCAGCUACUUCAUGGAUGCUAUUGCUACCAUAGCCAAGGGGAUGAAAUGGAGCUGUCAUAAAGAAGACACGGAAUAUGGCGUGGAAAAGGAAAAGAUACUGAUUUGCCAGAAGAAACUCUGGUAUUCCUCUAAGCAGAGCUCAAGAUAA